AUGACGUACUGUGAUACUAUUGAAAUUAACGAGGUUAAACCGGGAUUUGGUGCUGAAAUUCGCGGCCUGGAUUUCGUUGAUGGCGUCACGGACGAACGAUUCGAAUUCCUACGAAGGAAUGUAACAGAAUACGGUGUCGUCAUCAUCCGCGGUACAAAGCUCACUGAUGCUACUCACGUCCAGCUUGCCCGAAAAUUUGGAGAACUCGACGAUGUCACCCCCUACACUGCUGCAGGGCGGAAUCAUCGCCUCAAAUAUGAUGAGCUAUUCGAUGUCAGUAAUGUCGAAGAGGAUGGCUCCAUUGUUGACCCUGAGAGUCCCCGCGGCCAAGCCAACAAGGGGAAUGCUCUCUUUCACGUCGACUCAAGUUUCAAUCCACGCCGCGCUGGAUACUCGUUAUUGCUCGCCCACACACUGCCUCCAGCCGGAACGGGUGGCAGUACGGCUUUUGCGGACACACGGACGGCUUAUGAAGACUUGGAUCAAGCCACGAAAGACGAGCUUUUGAGAAAUGACUAUGUUUGCGCACACUCUAUCUUGCACUCUAAGAAGAUUGCUGCGCCCGAAUUUUUCGCACACAUCAACCCAGCCGAAUAUCCCAUGGGUCGUCAUCAACUUCUACAACACCACGAGAGGUCUGGAAGAAUGAAUUUGUAUCUGGCGGCCCAUGUGCAUCAUAUUGAAGGAUUGAAGCCUGAACAGUCUAUUGAACUGUUCGGUCGCCUGUUCAAACAUGCAACUUCGGAUAAGUAUGUGGUUGAUAUCAAUUGGGAGAAUCCAGGCGAUUUGGUGAUCUGGGACAAUACUUGCACGAUGCAUCGUGUGGUCGGCGGUUCGUUCCAAACCAAAUACAGAAGAGACAUGAGGCGUGCAACCGUCCACGAUGACAGUAGUCAAGCUUGGGGACUGAACGAACAUACGGACAUCCGCCAAGGUCUUCCGUAG